AAAUGGGGCAAAUAUUAUGUGGGCCCAAUCCAAUUCAUGGUGUGCUAUGGUGCAGUAGUUGGUAAUAUCCUUUUGGGAGGUCAGUGCCUCAAGGCAAUAUACAUACUAUGGAAUCCAAAUGGAACAAUUAAGCUUUACGAAUUUGUGAUUAUUUUUGGAAUUUUAAUGUUGAUUUUGGCACAAAUUCCAUCCUUCCAUUCCCUCCGCCAUAUCAACCUCCUUUCUCUAAUCCUAUGCCUCCUCUACAGCGCCUGCGCCACCGCCGCUUCUAUUUACAUCGGAAGUUCUUCAAAAGGACCCCAUAAGAAUUACUCCUUGAGCAACAACGAUGAAACUCGAAUUUUUGGAAUUUUUAAUGCAAUGGCAAUCAUCGCCACCACUUUCGGAAACGGAAUCAUUCCAGAAAUACAAGCGACGCUGGCACCGCCGGUGAAGGGGAAGAUGUUCAAGGGGUUGUGCGUAUGCUAUGCGGUGGUCACCGUCACGUUUUUCAGUGUGGCGGUUUCCGGUUACUGGGCGUUUGGGAACGAAGCCGGAGGUUUAAUUUUGAACAAUUUUCUCAAUGAAGAUGGGAAUCCUUUGGUUCCGAGGUGGUUCAUUAUGAUGACUAACAUCUUCACUAUCCUCCAGCUCUCUGCUGUUGCAGUCGUUUACUUACAGCCAACGAACGAAGUUCUUGAAAGAGCGUUUUCGGAUCCAAAAAGCGGCGAAUUCUCAGCUAGAAAUGUGAUUCCAAGAAUAGUAUCGAGAUCGAUGUCUGUGAUUUUGGCAACGACGAUAGCAGCAAUGUUGCCAUUUUUUGGAGAUAUUAAUGCGAUGAUCGGAGCAUUUGGGUUUUUGCCGUUGGACUUUGUGUUACCGGUGGUGUUCUUUAAUCUGACGUUUAAGCCAUCGAAGCGCAGCCCAAUCUUUUGGUUGAACUCGACCAUAGCGGUGGUGUUCUCGGUGGUCGGAGUUACGGCGGCGGUUGCAGCGGUGAGACAAAUAAGCCUUGAUGCCAAGACUUAUAAACUAUUUGCUAAUGUAUGAUCUGAUUGAUAUCAUUUUAACGAAAUUUAUAACCCGAAAAGAAUAUGAGUCGGGUUCAAAUCUUUCGGGUUUAGUUAUGCAUCUAUUAAGUCAUUAGUGGUCGAAUUUGGGUUCAAAUCUUUCGGGUUCAAAUCGCUAGUCAAAUGUGUAUUAUGUAAUUAGUAAUUAGUGGUC